UUUGUUUGUUCCAGAUGUGCCUUUGCCAUGGAAGAGAAGCGGAUGUGUCUGAUCCGAGGCCAGACCACUGCCGCUUUCCACCAUGCUCGAUGAUGCCUGUGGCGAGCCGCCUAGCGCUCACAGGUCUGGCUGUGCUCGUUUACCUUGCCUAGCGGGUAAGCAGUUGAAUAUCCCGUUCUGGUUAGGUUUAGUGGUUCCAGUCAUAAGGAAGCGACGUGCCCGAAUUGAGAAGAGUGAGCUUGUGAGAUCGUCAAGUUCGCCUUUUCAUCCUCGGUCGUGUCGAGAUGAGGAUGAGGCCAUGCGCUAUCGCUCUCCAAGUCCUUCACUUUCGCCCGGCCUCGGUGAGCGCAGUCGGUCUGGAGGCGGGAGCAUGCUUGGUCGCUCAGGUGGUACAGAUUCGAUAUCCCUCGUGGACUAUUCCAGCAUCGACUCCGACAGCAUCGCCAGCAUGGUCACGUCAUGCAUCACCGUGGCCUUGCAAAUUCGCUCGUUCAUGGCCACGCUGGGCGAGGAGCUCAAUCACCAGAUCGCGGAGUCGCAAAGCUCCGUUAUGAAGGAGGUCCAGUCGUACAAGGCCCAUUGGGACGCUAGGAUGGCCCCCUUCGAGACCUCGCUGGAGUCCUUGAGUGGAUCGGCCAACUCGGGUGGGGAUAUUUUCGUGGGCAGUGGUGGUGUUUCCAGUGGACAGGGCCAACCUGACCCUUGGGCUGCCUUUGGUGCUCGCGACAGGACGGUUGAGCUGGCCACCGCCGUCAGGAACCUCACGAAGGACGUCCAAGACCUUAAGGUCUCGAACUCGGCCAGCGGCAUUCGUUAGGAUGGUGCUCGUAGGGCUGCAGGCCACCGCUCGCGUUGUGAAGAUUGGCCCAAUCACUGAGUGCAAGAAGUGGAUUGGUACCUUUUCCAAGAUCCAUCACGUGCGCCCCGAUGACUGCCCACUGGAGAUCGGUGGUCUUGCCCAUGGUCCCUUUCCACUACAUGGCGAGAGGCAGGCUGCAGCUGAAGGGCCUCCCCAAGAGCUACGGCGUCAUGCUCCUGAAUGCUGCCGCUGCCCGGGCUUCCUCCGAACAGAUGAGCGACAAGACGUCGUUCAUGCAGAAUAAUCGUACCCCAUCGUCUAACAAAUUCCGCAUCCGGAAGGAACUCUCAGCGGACGAUCGCGCCAAGCAGCGGGCGGCCAGCCGUACAGUGCCGUUUUUAAUACAUGCUCCGCGUGCGGAUCAUGUAUUCAAAUAUGCAGGGAUUCGGUAUUACAGACAACGAUGAGUUCAUGCAUACAUGUAUUCAUAUAACUUAAUCAUGUAUCAAAGAUCCAAUAUCUUUAAACAUCCCAUGUAUCAAAAACUGCCCUGUACUCCAUCGUCUCGCAAGUUCCGCACUCGGAAGGAACUCCCAGCGGACGAUCGCGCCGAGCAGCGGGCGGCCAGCCGUAUCUCUGGGAGGAGACCGCCUGGCAUGUCUCGCACAUGCGGAGCCAGACCUCCGGGCUGACGCCUGGGGGCCAACGGCCACUCUUGCUCCUGCUCCUCCUCCUUCUCCUCCUGCUCCUUCUCCUCCUCCUCGUCCUCCUCCUCCUCUCCCUCCUCCUCCUCGUGCUACCCCACGUCGCAGGAGCACACGUGCAAGCUUUCCUGGAAGCAGAGGCAGCGACUCCACAGGCUUCACGUUCGAAGCAGUCUGCUCCUCCUUCGCACGGUGGGAGAUCCCCGAGAAGGAAGUGACGGACCUCAUCGACAGAGUCACCGACCUGAGUUGACAAAAUCGUGUGCGAUAUCUUUAUCGCGUCCAUGAUGAGCUGCUCCGGCAGCAAGCUGUGGGCCCAGCUGCGGGAGGAUCUUACAAUUCUGCUCAGCAGCACAGGUCAUUGCUGCGCACCUGCUGUCAGAGCCAUUGUCUGCAGUAUUCUAUUGCUCCGCUCAGCUCCUCUUCCGCUCGUAGUCUCCCUCCAGUUCGAUGGGCGUGGUUUCGCCGAGCUCAUCGUCUGCCUCUUUCGACGGGCAUGGUUUCAAGGAGCUCACCAUUGGGUAUUGAUUUUCCAGCCUCUUUCUUGUCCUUGCCACCUAGUGCAGCUUGAAGGUUGCGCUGUGUAAUGUGAGCACUUUUUGGGCCGGAUUUUGGACCAGCCCAUCGCUUCAGAAGGCAACGUGGGCGAAAUUCAAGGAUUUGUUUCGGAAGUUUCACGUGGCCAUCCUGCAAGGACCUCAUGGUGAGACGGCUGAUGCCCGUCCUGGUGCAAUCAUGGGAGUUCUCUUCGCGGUUCACCAGAAGGUUUCUGUGAAGUUCUCUGGCUUCGCUGGGCCCCGAUUGUCCCUGAUAGGAUCGCGGCCUCGAGGAUCGCUCGGUGCCGGUGGGGCCCCGAACAACAAGUCAGAGCAAUGGGGUCCAGGGCCGCCGGCGGCCUGAACCUGACUGGCCUCGAGCGGUGUCCUCUGUCGGACAGCCGCCAUCGCCCACGACCGAGAUAUGUGCGCGGUGUUCGAGACCAGCGUCCGCGUCGUCAGGGCAGGAGCUCCGCAGGGUGCGCGUCGACACCACCACCGAGCCUGGCCAGGGCCAGCUUGGGCCCCAGGAUGGUGCAUUUCAGGAGGGAAAGAAACACACAGACACAAUCAAUCGUCGAG